CUUUGAUUCUACCACUUCUCCCUUUGCUAUCUCGUACGCAAGACCGCCACCAUGUCCGACAACUCUCAAUCGAACCGCACCGUGCUCGGCAGACUUUUCAAACGCCUCAUGGACAUGAGAGACAAUGUGCCAAAUGAUGGCCAUGUAGACAUUAGAAAUUUCCGAGACGUCCGGCUUGUCACCCAGUUCAACUUUGAAAAUUUGGACAGCAAGGUAGCCACCCUGGGUCAGGUUCCUCCUGUUUGGUUUGUGCCGAUGAAGUUGGCGGAUUUGGAGAAGCUCGAAGUCGAUCCCCAGCUGGCCCGGAAAUUCCUUGAUAUCGACCAGAACUUUGGAAACAGUGGCUUUCCAAUGGAGCCAAUUGAUCGCGUACGCCAAGUCUCUACACUCAUCGAAGAUCGCACCACUCAUGAGGCCUGGUCUAAGCAGAAUCUCCAGGAUGUCGAUAACAACGGUUGGUGGACAACCGAGUGUCUGGUAGAGCCAUGCCCCGACAAUGGUAAAUCUUAUUCACACCUAGCCUUUCACCUUCUCGACGAUAAGGAGGCCCGGGAAGACGCCAUCCUGUACUCCGAGCUGUGCGCCAUUGUCGAGGCGAUGAAAGGCCGUGCGAAUCAACGCCUGGUGGAAUCCGAAAGCGUGCGGGAGGAACUUGACGAGUGUGGCGGUAGAGGCAAAGAAGUGCACCCCUAUCUUUUCGACGAGGAAGAUCCUUUUCCUGUGCUUGUAGUGUCUUGUGUUGCCCCCCAGCAUGCCAGGCUCUUUAUGGCAUGCUUACCCGCUAACCAAGCCCAGUGGGAUAGGGCCGAGACUGCCAAAAAGCUGAAACCCAGGAGUCUUCGCGCAUGGCCGAACCUCAAGUCAGGGUCUAAAGUGAGUGUCGAACAGUUUCUUCUCUCCCGUGUGCUGUGCCCCCCGAUGCGUACUCCAGACCAGCUGGACAUUGGCCAGUUUGGUAUCACUCCUGCUCUUCUCACCCGGGCAAUGAAUCUGCUACAAGUGACCCCAACCUACCAGUUGUACCUCCAGAGCAUUGGAGGGGACAACUGGGCUAACCCAGCACUGGGUCCUUUCGGACCAGUACUGAGACUCCAGGCGGAGAUUCGUGCGGGAUGGGGGAAGGGCGGCGAUGACCUGACCGAUGAAGAUACUGUAAAUUCAGCCUUCAUCGAGCUUGUCAAUGCCCUGACCUCCUUAGUUCCCAAUGCGGACUCCUGGUGGAGGACAUCAAAGCGCAGAUUGACAUUUACGGGUUUAAGGAAGAACACAUACGUAGCCAUCACGGAUGGCCAGUUCGAGGUCAAGGCUACGGAGAAGAUCAGGAUGCCCAUCGAGUGCAAAGGGGGGAGAAGGGCAAAGAAGGAUCGUAAGAUCACGCAGCAAGAGGUGGCCGAACUCGCGGCCUGGGUUAAGGAGCACCGCGAUGCCCCGGACUCUCCUCCAGUGCGGUUCCGUCCCCUCGCGGGGCAGUGUGGGCAAGAGAUAUCUUUGGAGAGCCUAGAGUAUGGGGAAUAUUGGGUCAAGUACCUUAGACAAGGGCGGAAGGCGGGCAACUCGUUUGCCACACUGCAUAAAUAUGGACCCUACAACAUCAACCAAGCCUCCCACAUGAGACGUCUUGCGCCCGUGAUUGUCGCUAUGUCCUUUUAA